UGGAACUGCUCGAUCAUUUGCCUACUUUGGUGAGGGCACUGGUAGUAUCCUCCUGGAUGAUGUUCAGUGCACAGGAACAGAAGAGUUUUUGACAAACUGCACACACUCGAGUACUCACAACUGUGGACACUCUGAGGAUGCUGGAGUAACUUGUGACGUUUGUACUUCUGGUUCUCUUCGUCUUGUUGGUGGAUCAAACUCGAACGAGGGAAGAGUGGAACUGUGUCAGAAUGGAAGGUGGGGUACAGUGUGUGAUGACUCCUGGGACAACACUGAUGCUGGAGUUGUAUGUAGACAGCUUGGAUAUGAUUUAGGAACUGCCUUUGGUAGUGCCUACUUUGGACAAGGAAAUGGGUCAAUUGUGAUGGAUGAUGUCCAGUGUGUUGGAAGUGAAUCUUACCUUACAAACUGUACACACACCACAAAUCACAACUGUGGUCACUCUGAAGAUGCAGGAGUCAGAUGUGCUUUUUGUACUACUGGAUCAAUCCGUCUUGUUGGUGGUUCACACGAUUGGGAAGGAAGAGUGGAAGUGUGUGAUAGUGGAUCAUGGGGUACUGUCUGUGAUGAUUACUGGGGCUCCCCUGAUGCAGCAGUAGUGUGUAGACAACUAGACUGGGGAACAAGUGGAACUGCUCGAUCUAGUGCCUACUUUGGUCAGGGUACUGGUAGUAUCCUCCUGGAUGAUGUUCAAUGCACAGGAACAGAAGAGUUUUUGACAAACUGCACACACUCGAGUACUCACAACUGUGGACACUCUGAGGAUGCUGGAGUAUCUUGUGAUGUUUGUACUUCUGGUUCUCUGCGUCUUGUUGGUGGAUCAAACUCGAACGAGGGAAGAGUGGAACUGUGUCACAAUGGAAGGUGGGGUACAGUGUGUGAUGACUCGUGGGACAAUACUGAUGCUGGAGUUGUAUGUAGACAGCUUGGUCUAGGAACAACUGGAACAGCUCGCAGCAGUGCAUACUUUGGUCAGGGAAAUGGAUCAAUAUUAUUGGAUGAUGUUGCAUGUGAUGGAACUGAACAAUUUCUUGCAAACUGCACACACACCUCAAAUCACAACUGUGGACACUAUGAAGAUGCAGGAGUGACUUGUUCAGGAUCUACACCUCCAGCUUGCAUUGAUGGAUCCAUUCGUCUUGUUGGUGGUACAAACAGCUUGGAGGGACGUGUUGAGGUAUGCAGUGGUGGAGCAUGGGGUACAGUCUGUGAUGAUUUCUGGGAUUCAACUGAUGCCGGUGUUGUAUGUAGACAGCUGGGAUUUGAUUCAGGAAUUUCCUUUGGCAGUGCCUACUUUGGACAAGGAAAUGGAUCAAUUGUGUUGGACAAUGUCCAGUGUGAUGGAAGUGAAUCUUACCUUACAAACUGUACACACAUCACAAAUCACAACUGUGUUCACGCUGAAGAUGCAGGAGUCAGAUGUGCUUAUUGCACUACUGGAUCAAUCCGUCUUGUUGGUGGUUCACACGAUUGGGAGGGAAGAGUGGAAGUGUGUGAUAGUGGAUCAUGGGGUACUGUCUGUGAUGAUUUCUGGAACUCCCCUGAUGCAGCAGUAGUGUGUAGACAACUAGGCUGGGGAACAAGUGGAACUGCUCGAUCAAAUGCCUACUUUGGUCAGGGUGCUGGUAGUAUCCUCCUUGAUAAUGUUCUGUGUACAGGAACAGAAGAGUUUUUGACAAACUGCACAUACUCGAGUACUCACAACUGUGGACACUAUGAGGAUGCUGGAGUAUCUUGUCAUGUUUGUACUUCUGGUUCUCUACGUCUUGUUGGUGGAUCAAACUCAAACGAGGGAAGAGUGGAGCUGUGUCAGAAUGGAAGGUGGGGUACAGUGUGUGAUGACUCAUGGGACAACACUGAUGCUGGAGUUGUAUGUAGACAGCUUGGUCUAGGAACAAGUGGGACAGCUCGGAGCAGUGCAUACUUUGGUCAGGGAAAUGGAUCAAUAUUAUUGGAUGAUGUUGCAUGUGAUGGAACUGAACAAUUUCUUGCAAACUGCACACACACCUCAAAUCACAACUGUGGACACUAUGAAGAUGCAGGUGUCACUUGCAUUGCUCCUUCCUCAAUUAAUUCUCUGAGUUCUACUAUGUAUACUUCAACUGUUUCCGAAUCUUCUACACCUAGUAUUGAUUUUAGCAGUUCAUCACUUCAAGUUUCUAGUGCUACAUCUUAUUCUACAAGUACAGAAACUUUUACCUCCACUCCAGAGCCUUCAAGCACUAUUUCUUUCACUUCCGAUGUCAGUUCUUUUUUUACUGAAGUAAUGGCAAGUUCUAGUGUGAUUUCUACUUCACAGUCUUCAAGCACCAUGGUGUCUAGCUCAGAAAUAAUGACUAGUUCUGAAGUUGUUUCUUCUACUACACAACCUUCAAGCACCAUGGUUUCCAGCUCAGAAAUAGUUGCUUCUUCUACUCAAUUAAUGACUAGUUCUGAAGUUGUUUCUUCUACUACACAACCUUCAAGCACCAUGGUUUCCAGCUCAGAAAUAAUGACAAGUUCUGAAGUGGUUUCUUCUACAACACAAUCUUCAAGCACCAUGGUUUCCAGCUCAGAAAUAAUUGCUUCUUCUACUGAAUUGAUGACUAGUUCUGAAGUUGUUUCUUCUACUACACAACCUUCAAGCACCAUUGUUUCUAGCUCAGAAAUAUUGACAAGUUCUGAGGUGGUUUCUUCUACUACACAAUCUUCAAGCACCAUGAUUUCCAGCUCAGAUAUAAUGACAAGUUCUGAAGAAGUUUCUUCUACUACACAACCUUCAAGCACCAUGGUUUCCAGCUCAGAAAUAGUUACAAGCUCUGAAGUUGUCUCUUCUACUACACAACCUUCAAGCACCAUGGCUUCCAGCUCAGAAGUAACAACAAGUUCUGAAGUUGUCUCUUCUACUACACAACCUUCAAGCACUAUGGUUUCCAGCUCAGAAAUAGUUACAAGUUCAGAGGUUGCUUCUUCUACUACACAACCUUCAAGCACCAUGGUUUCCAGCUCCACUACUUCUUCUACUGAAGCAAUGACUAGUUCUGAAGCUGUUUCUUCUUCUACAAUUACUUCAAGUUCACUUAUAAACACUGCAGCUUCAUCUACCUCACCAGUAUUUACUUCCAGCUCAAGAAUGAUUGGCACCACUCAGCAGUCAACAACCUCUAUUGCUUCUCGAUCUGAAAGUUCUUCCACUAACGAUAAGAGCUCUGAAACUUCUGCUGCACGUACCAGCUCUAUAGAAGUGUCACAGUCACCUACAAAAGUGCCAACAUUGUAUCUGGAAUAUAGUAUUAGAAUUUCUCUAAAUGGAUUUAGUAUAGCUACAUUUACAAAUAGCGUUCUACUUAAUUUUAAACUAGCAACAGUAGAAUCAGUCAAUAGCUAUUGUAGUUCAAGGACUAUAGGAUGUUCAGUGAUAACGUUAUCGAGAAAGAGACAGAAUUUAUGGAUACCAGUAUCAGCUGAUAAUGUUCAGAUUUACAGCAUGGAGAACUCAAAUGAUGGAAUAGAUAUCAUAUUCUAUGUGACUAUAUCUGAUAACUCUGUACUAUCUGCUGAUGAUUUAUUGAAUGCUGUUCAGGGAGGCAUUAAUGAUGGCACAUAUAGAAAUGCAGGAUUUAGUGGAGCUACUUCUGCUCAUGUGGGAAACCCAACUGAUCCAACAUCUUCAACAACACAGUCAUUAAAUCCUGGAUUGCUUGCUGCCAUUGUUGUAUCAGUGUUAUGCAUCCUAGUACUAUUUACAAUUAUUGUUGUAGCAAUCGUUUUUAUGAGGAAAAGGCAUAGAAGUAAUGAUGGAUAUGGUGAGGCUCGCCUAAGAGGAAACUAUAUAAACAAUGCAAGUUUCUCUGAAUCCUCUGGGAAUAACACUAUAGGAGAUGUAACCCUCAGAGGCUUGUAUGUGCAGACUGAUGAAAAUCAGAGGUAUGCUGGAGUACAAAGCUAUAACCCAGUGUAUGAUGAAGAUGCUGAUGAAAAGAAGUAUAUGUAUGAUUCCAUUGGAAAUGAGGAAAAAGAAACUACCUCUUUCUAAUUAGAAAUCGAUAUAUAUACAUAUGCUGCUAAAAUUUAAACAUUUGCUGCUGAACUGCUGUAUCUUUUUAUUGUUAAAUCCUUUAGUUUAAUUAUUUAGUUUUUAUGGUACAAAUUGAAAUGCAA